GGGCUAAAUCAUAAAAUAUAAAAACAACUGAUAUGUCCUUGCUCCUAAAACCCUUAAAACCCUAGUGGCCUCCGCGGAUCACGGAAUCUUCGAUUCUCUUGUUUCAGCGUUUGUGCGGUUCAACGUUCAACUGAUCUUAUAUGUUCCUUAGUAAGUUAAUAUCAUCUCUAUCUUCGCUUUCUCUUAACCCUAGCACGAGAGCGACUAGGUUUCUUGUUCAGAACGCUCCAAAGCUCAUCCAACCUUUAAGAACUCGAGCCUUCUCCGGGAGCUCAGGGUUCGAUGGAUUCGGAGACGACGACAACGGUUGGGACAUCCCAACGGGAGGAGACUCGUUAGGUGGUGGUACAGGAUCAGACGAUCUUGGUUGGGACAAUAAGUCAAUGUGGUCAACUGGUUUCACCACAGAACACUUCGAUGGUGUCUCCGUUGGUCGUAAGAAGAACACAAACCCUUCUACUUCCGACAACACAUGUUCUGAUGAUACUGGUGACGUAAUGAGCAAGUUGGGACCGAGAGAAGUUGCUAUGGUCAACGAGAUGAAUGAGUAUGAUGAUUUGCUAAAAGAGAUUGAUCAAGAUAAUAAAGAGAGCAAGGCUUUUGUUGAUGGGAUUAAAAAUAGGAUGAUGGAGAUUAGCGUGUUGCUCAAGCAAGUAAGAGAGCCUGGAGCGAGAGGGGCUUAUCUUAAGGACUCUGAGAAGACUGAGAUGUAUAGGUUGCAUAAAGAGAAUCCUGAGGUGUAUACCGUUGAGAGGCUUGCUAAGGAUUAUAGGGUUAUGAGGCAGCGUGUUCACGCCAUUCUUUUUCUUAAAGAAGAUGAAGAAGAAGAGGAGAGAAAACUUGGUCGUCCCUUGGAUGAUUCCGUUGAGCGUUUGCUUGAUGAGUACCCUGAGUUCUUUGUUUCGCAUGACCGGGAGUUUCAUGUGGCCUCACUCAAGUACAACCCUGGUUUCAAGGUCAUGCCAGAAGGAUGGGAGGGUACAAUCAAAGAUAUAGAUGAAGUCCAUUAUGAGAUCUCAAAGAAAGAAGAUGACAUGCUUUAUGAAGAAUUCGUGCAAAGGUUUGAGUUCAACAAAAUGAAAUGGAGAGGAGAAGUGAAGUGCCACAAGUAUAGCAGACGACGUUCAACAGAUGGAUGGAAAAUCACGAUUGAGAAAUUGGGUCCUAGAGGAAAACGUGGAGCCGGAGGUGGCUGGAAGUUUGUGAGUCUUCCAGAUGGAUCUAGCCGGCCUCUCAACGAAAUGGAGAAGGUUUACGUUAAGCGAGAAACCCCGCGUCGUCGCCGCAAGAUCCUGGCAUGUUCCAAAGGAACUGUAUCAAAAGCCUGCAAAGCAAGGAAGUAUAUUACAAAAAGAAAAGAGAAGUAUCCUUGCACACAAGCUAGGAAGUACUUCUUUAAGAUAUGGAAGAAGAAUGUGCCACCAUAGACAUUUAAUUAAAAAAAAUAAUAAAUAUUUUUUAAACAAUUUAGAGAUCUAUACCUAUAUAUUUUACUUCUUAAAAUUUUGGGAAUUAAAGCCAACAUUUCAUAGGGUUGUACUGCCCUUGAAAAGAAGGUCACAAGACGAUAUUGAUGAUAAAAAGGCGAAUACAUGAUUUGAGAGAAUGGUUUUGGCGUUUUUGGAGUCUCUCCUACUUUUACAACCUUUACCAAAAUACUCCUAGUAUGUUGUAUAUAUACGUUUACUUAAAUACUAGUGGAACACACCAUGCCAUCUCCUAAGAGCCAAGUGCAGCGAUUAGCACAGCCGGACAAUUUUAAAAGUUAGAAACAUUUUAGAACAAAUACAUUUGUAUAAAUAAAAAUGUAUUUUGACGAUAUAGAAACAAUAAAACAUCUAUGUUUUAGAGAAAAGUUAGGAACUAAUGCCAAUGUUUCAUUAGAUUUUUGUCUAGGACCGACUAUGCAUGAGUGAGGCCGAUGGCUAAGAUGUCAUCUUCUCUCCACAAUGACGAUUCAGCUAUGAAUAACUUCACAACGACCUUUCACGGAUACGGGAAUAUGAUCACCUAGAUGAGUAUGACAUUUUUGCUUGCAUUUCUAAUCUAUUUAGAAAUUGGAGUAAAUCUAACAAAAAUAUUAUUUUUUUACAAUGGUAACAACCAACAGAAUACAUGAACAAAAUCAUAAAUAAACAAAAAAAGAAACACGUAUAUAUGAGGUAUGACAUUUUUGCUUAAAUCUGUAAUCUAUUUAGGAAUUAGAGUAAAUCCAGUGUUUUUAAAACCGGACCGGCUAACGAACCGAAAUUCUUUUGGGUCAUGAGUCAUUGUGUCUGAACCGGGUUCGAUCGGGUUUACUUAGAUUAAACUGAAUUUAGUGAUAUUUUAUAAAUAAUAUGCAUAUUUAAAAAAAAAAAUCAUAUCUAAUAAAAUGUUUAAAUAGCCAUAAUGUGUAGAAAAACUUAAAAAUAACAAUUAAAAUCUAAAAUUAAUAUGAAAAGUACAUCUAAACUUUAUUCGCAGAUCUUAUCACUCUACAUCUUCAUCACCUUUAAAAAAAAUAUAUAUACACAUUAGGUAAAAGUUAUAUUUUGAAAUACAAAUUUCAGAAACAAAAAUUUUUCAAUUAUUUAAAGUCUUCAAAACAAGUGAUCAUGAAAUAAAAUUUUUUAAAAAGUGAGAAGUAGACAAAAACAAUAUCUUGACGUGAAUAGUAAACUUUGUGAAUCUUGUAAUUUAUGAGUUGUAGAGAAGACAAAAGAAAAAGACGAGAAACGAUACUUUAUUAAUUUUUGAUAAAUCUUAUUUCUACUUAAAAAGGAAGAAAAAUGAAUUGUUUCAUUAACAAAAUUUUAGCUUAUAUACAAACCGGGGUUUGGCCGGUUCAUUGGAUCGCCGGUUCCCGGGUUUUUGACGGUUCGAUAGGGAUUUUUAACUGGUUCGGUUUUAAUUGGGUUUUAGAAUUAAUCCAACCCGGAUUAUUUACGGUUCAUGGUUCAACCCGGUCUGACCGCCGGUUCGGUCCGGGUUUAAAAACACUGAGUAAAUCUAAACAAAAAUCAGUUGCUUACAUUUGUAACAAUCAACGAAAUACAAUGACUAAAUCAUAAAUAAACAAAAGAAAACUGAUCUCUCCCCUGAAUCCUCUAAAACCCUUCCUGUUCCUUUAUCGCCGUCGCUAUUGGCCCUCCGUC